GAUUGUCCAAAGCCAUAUGGUUUCUUUGUUUGUUCUGCCAGAAAAUGCAGUCGCCGGGCGUCUAAUCCUGCCCUCCCCUCGGUUUUGCCAAACUUCCUCACAAAUAAAAACCCCACUGGGUCCAAAGCGCUGGAGGCCACAGGCUGAUUCUUCCCCCUCUCCUUAGGAUGGCUCUGCUGCGGCUCCUGAGCAUGUUCUUUCUCACCAUAACCACCACCAAGAAGAAGCAAGAACAAGAGAAAGAGGACAUAAAGGUCAAUGAGAAGGUACGCAAGUAUGACAUAUCGCUCUACAAGAGGGGGGACCUCCUGGAGGUGCCGCGCACCCUCUUCACCCAUUUCGGAAUCUACCUGGGGAAUGACCGCGUUGCACACCUGAUCCCCGACAUCUUGCCCGUCUUCUCGUCCAACCAGAACACCAUCGGCACCAUGGUGACCAACCUGCGGCUCAUCCUGGGGGCCAUCGCCAAGGCGGCCAGCGUGCGCGUGGACUCGGUGGAGGACUUUGCCUACGGCGGGGACAUCCUCAUCAACCCCAUGGACAAGGUGUGCAGCCGGCCGCCCUACGAUGGGGAAGAGGUGGCCCGCCGGGCAGAGAAGCUCAUGGGUCCGGUGGACUACAGCCUCCUGUGGUACAACUGUGAGCAUUACGUCAUGUACUGCCGCUACGGGACCGUCAUGAGCUUCCAGACCUUCCAGUUCUGUAAAGGAGUUCGGAAGAUCUUCUGCAGUAAAAGGUUCUCCUUCGUGAGUGCAUUAAUCGGUGUGGCCAUCAUGGUUUCCCUCCAAACGGAUCCACUUUACACUCUGCUCCUCACUUUCUUCAUCUCCUUCCACAUCUGGAUGGCUUCCUGAAUUUACAUCACAACCUGGGUGAUAGACCAGACCAGAAAAAAACAUGAAACUAAUGAAAUGUCUUGGAGUUAAGCCAUUUUUAAGGUCUACAUUAUCAUUAUUACUUUUAAUGAUUGGCUAAACCUGUCAAUUGCAAUUUAUAUCGGACUCAUACAUGUAUAGGCCUACAGCAUCUAGAAAGCAUAGUCGCUUGGCCGGUGGUGGGUGUUUUCCAGUGUAAUUGACAGAUACAAUUUUCAGAUACGCUGCUUAUAACUGAUGUGUACAUUUUCAAAAUGUUAUUUCAGAGCAGGCUUGUCAUUACUGUACUGAGAGGCUCUGGAUGGAAGUCGAAUGUAAAUAUCUAAGUUAAUUUCUUUAUUUUGUGUUGUAUUCUGACACAUGUGUAAAGUGCAUUAAAACGGUUUGGUGUUGUGGAUCAGUGCUUUAUCGUAGAGUUCAUGGCUAUUUAUUGUUACGGCCUGAAAAUAAAUCAAACCGCUGGAUAUGAUAUUAACCUGCUUGAAGUGAGGGGUGGGGGUUGGGCCUGUGGGGUCAUCCUUGACACAAACUAGCGCGCAGUGUUGCCAGGUCCGCGGUUUUCCCGCGGAAUUGGGCUACUUUUGAAGUGUUGCCGCGGGUUGAAUUUUUUGUCCGCUGGUUCGGGUAGACCUAUUUUGCAUGCAAAUUACAUGAAUGUCUUUAAAUAAAAAUCCAUAUUUUAAA